AUGAGUUCCGAAGAAAACGAGAGCCCAGAAAACGCUGGUACACCAAUCGUCUUUGAAGACUCCCCAACGACGUCGGUCAACGAGGCGAAGGAGAAAAUGGAAAUCAACGACGAUGAUUCUUUGAAAUCCCUUACUGGCGAUGUUGCAUCGACGUCGAGCAAUGCAAAGGAAGAUGAUGAAUGCGCUAUUUGUCGCGGAGAAAUUCUGGACUGUUCAAGGCUUGACGGCUGCUCUCAUGAGUUCUGCUUCGAAUGCAUAUCACGCUGGUGUUCGCAAGGAUCGACUGCGCUUUGUCCAAUGUGCAAGGCGAAAGUUACGAUGAUCACGCACAAAUUGGAUACCGACACGCCGUUGACGACGACGGUGGAGUCUUUGAAGAGAUCAGUGCGGCCUCUGAAUACAGGAGCAACGCCGAUCGUCAGCGAGAAACGAGUCAUAAAUGUCGCUCUAAGAGCCUAUAGAAGAUCGUUGGCAGAAGUCGACAUUGAAAUAGAUAAGAUGGAAAGUGGAGUUCGUCGCAGAAACUCGCAAGCACUACAGAAACUCGAGGAAUCGAAACGAUUCCUCGUCGGGCAGGUAAACGGACUUCACAUGCUCAAGGAAGAUGUUUCAUCGGGAGUUCCGAAGAAUUUUAUUUUAUCGAAGCUCGAAUUUCGAAUGAUUUUAUACAGUGGAAUUAUACCUGUGAAAAUGCUUGGCCGAUCGACUUGGACCUUUCUGAGCGAUCAACAAUUGAGGGAAAAUCGAGAGCAUUUCCGUUCGGUGGUGGUCCAAUUUCUCACCGAAGAGCUGAAAGCGGUGCCGGUGGCCAAUAAAAAGCCGGCGAGCUACAUGGAUCGCGUGGUGACUUACGUGAGCUCAGCUAUUCACAUCGAUUCAGAGUUUGUCAACAAUCUCUACGAUGUGAUUUGUGAUCUUGGGAAUACUGUCAGCUUGAAGGAGUAUUUGAUAAAGAAGUUGAAUAUCAGCAAUGUAAAUGCAGAGACACUGUUGCGGCAGAUUUAUGGGCUCAUCGCGAGCCGCAAAUCGUUUUUGGAGUUUUGCAACGAGACAAGAUAUGAAAUUGAACGCGAAACUGUUUCAAGCGUUAUUCCAGCAAAUAUUUGGCCAAUCAUCUCGAAUCGCCAUUCAAAUCGAAAUAAUGGUAGUGUUUCAGCUUAUAUUACUCUAACCCGCAUUUCUACAGCAUCUACCGCUUCGAUGGCUCUGUCUGCAGCGACAUUUCCGUACGUAACGUCAAGAAACUUGUUGUCAGUGGUGAAUGCUUUUUUAGCUCUGCCAACCUCCAGCAGCAACGCUUCGGACUAUAGCUGGUCAGCGUUGACAAGUCUCAUGAAUCUUCCAACAACGCAAACUCAAGCCUUGCUCUCUGGUGCUCAACAAUCACAACCUCAAAAUCUAACAGUGCAGCCUGAACCACAAGCAUCACCAACUAUUGCAUCUCUAACACCACCACCACUAAUAACAUCUAGGGCGCAAUCUCAACCUCCCGGAGUUUCGUCUCAGCCAGUCGUUCGCAUCGACACGAUUGAUUAUGAGAAUAAUGAUCCGGACGAGGUGAUCGCGAUCGGUGAUGACGACGACGACGACGACAUCAACAUCGAUGGUGAUCACGAUUUCAAUGUGGAAAUUGUCACGUUGUCCGAAGGCGAGGAUGCGAAUGAAACGAUAACGCUGGAUGAUACGCCGGUGAGGGCGACUCAAUGCUUCCUGACGACAGCGCAAGAGGCGAAGUUGAGGAGCCGCGUUCGGCAACUCUGCGUCGAAUUUCAUUUGUCUGGCACAAAUGGAAGGGAAUAUUUGAUGAAGGCGAUCGACUCGCUCAUUCCACCAGCUGAGAAUGAAGAGCCAUCGAACGAUGUAGAGGAGGUUGACGAUGAUGAUAGCGCUGAUCAGCCAUCGACGAGUUCAACGCGUCUCCGAAAGCGAUUACGAAGAUAUGAAGAGCCUGAGAAGAAGAAGAAGAAGGCUGCUAGCAGUUCUAGUUAUACUCCUCCGCGAAGAAGGCGACGAAACUACUAG